AUGGCCUCAGCAGGCCUCCAGCUCCUUGCUUUCAUCCUGGCCUUGACUGGAGUCUCUGGAGUACUCACUGCCACUCUGCUGCCAAACUGGAAGGUUAAUGCAGACAUGGGCUCCAACAUUGUAACUGCUAUUGUACAGGUGCAUGGGCUGUGGAUGGACUGCACGUGGUACAGCACUGGGAUGUUCAGCUGCACUCUGAAAUACUCCAUUCUGUCACUCCCCAUCCACGUGCAGACGGCCAGGGCCACCAUGGUCCUGUCCUGUGUUCUGUCUGCUUUGGGGAUUUGUACUUCUAUAGUAGGAAUGAAAUGCACUCACUUAGGAGGGGACAUACACACCAAGAGUCAAAUUUCCUUUGCUGGAGGAGUCUGCUUCAUCACUGCAGGGAUCUCUGGUUUAAUCCCAACAGUGUGGUACACCAAGGAGAUCAUAGUAAACUUUCUAGAUCUGACUGUUCCAGAAAGCAACAAAUACGAACCUGGAGGAGCCGUCUAUAUUGGGUUCAUUUCGGCAAUGCUACUACUUAUCUCUGGUAUUAUUUUCUGCAUUUCUUAUAUAAAAAGGAACCCAGAACCAUGGAUCUAUCCUCCCAAACAGAAAUAUACCUCUACCUGGCAGCCAAAGAACAGGUUAGCACACAACCUAAAGGAUUACGUGUAA